UAUUCAAGCUCCUUUGCGGCCCAUUUGGUGGUGGUCACUGGAACUCGUCCUCCAUGUUGCCUGCACUGUUGCGGCGGAUCACAUCACUGCUAGCAACUCCCCUCCCCCCCAUGGGACCACAGCCUAUGGACUUCUCGGACUAGUAGACCCAUAGAGCUUAAAAGUGAGAGUAGGAUGCGGUUUUGGUUGCAGGAUCUGAGCAAUUUGUCUCGGUUUGCGGGCUACGCAUUUGCACCUGGGUGUCUCUUCACUCGUCGAGUAUCGUAAUUAAGAUGGUUAGUUUUCUGGGACGGAUAAACCUGGGUUUCUCCUUCAAAGUGAGCCUAGCAUGAGGUAGCUUGAGUUUAUAUAUGAGCAGUGGCUGCUUGAACUGCGACCGAAUUCGAAUGUCGAUGCAAGACUUUUAGAGAGGACAUUGGCAAUUACGCGUUUGAUUGGCUGCAGUUUGAGCUUUCGAUUACUUGGGUUUGUGGUGGCAGAGGGAAAUAGAGUGUGAGGCUGUUAGGGAACCAACCCUGGACGUCGAGCGUGUUGUUGACAGUGAGAGCAUCCAAUUUCCAAGUGAACGGGGUGGUUUGCUUGCGCGAUUGGGAAGAUUGUUGUGUAGUUUCGCAAUAACCAAGGCAGGGGGGGGAAUGACGAGUAUGGCUUCGAGGGAAGAGAAAGGAAUUACGAAGAGGAGGCAGGGGGGGAAUGACGAGUAUGGCUUCGAGGGAAGAGAAAGGAAUUACGAAGAGGAGGCAGGGGGGGGGAUGACGAGUAUGGCUUCGAGGGAAGAGAAAGGAAUUACGAAGAGGAGGCAGGCGGGCCAAGGGGUGCAUUUCAGAGGCGUGAGGAAACGACUCUGGGGUCGGUUUGCAGCUGAGAUCCGGGACCCAUGGAAGAAGACGCGCGUGUGGCUGGGAACCUUUGAUACCGCGGAGGAAGCCGCAAGAGCGUAUGAUAGCGCUGCGAGAGCAUUGCGAGGCUCCAAAGCGAAGACUAACUUUGCCUGCGCGCCUUCCAGCGAUGACCAGAGCACGAAUCUGAACUUUACCCUGAAGUCGUGGUCCACGCCUCCGAAAAACCACAAACUACGCCACCUUCAUCAUCAACACCCAAAAAUCCUGAAUGAUAAUCCCAAUUGUGGAUCCACUGCUGUCUCCGACACAACCUCAUGGCACUUCUGCGUGGACCUCAACCUCUCGGCCAGAGCGAUGCCACACGAUCACCAUCUCCAGGCUCACAAGAUGGCUCAGGAUCUGAACCAAAACACCAAUGCUGAUUUCUACGGCGUCUCGCCUGGUGAUGUUGCUGAGGUCGUGAAAUCCAGCAAGCGUCCCCCGUCAACACCAAUCCAAACACUCUUCCAACAAUCUUCCAGCAGAGUGGAGAAGUCCCUGACUCUUUCAGUGCCAGCCCUCAAAGUCUCGUCCACCCAAUGGUCGCCGGGUAAUCGCAAAGUUCAUCACCACGGUUUCAUAGCCAUAGAACCUGCCGUCAUGCCGGAGACGACCAGCUCCACUAGUGACUGCGAUUCCUCGUCCUCCGUGUUUCUGAACUCCGACAACCCUGAGACGAAGCCUCGCGCACUGCAAGAAGCCUCCCCCUUUUUGAUAGACUUGAACUUUCCCCCUUGCCUCGACAAGCAACCACCUAUAACCGACGUCGCCAAAUUUGGUUUGCCUCAGCCACGGAUUGCAGCUCUUUUUUGAGUUCUGUUGCCGCUUCUGGAAGAAUUCUUAGGGAUUAUCCUCAUAACCUAGCUCCUGCUGCGGCACACACUACAAUUCAGGAUCGAUCGGUCAUUUAGGAUUACUCGUUACAGGCUUCGAAAAUUGAUGAACAAUUUGCGCCAUUAAUAAUCACACGUGAAGAUCCAUGGCUUGUGAUGCUGUCGCCCUUGCCAAGUCCCUGUCUCUUUUGUAUGUCGCGAGAUUGAGCUCUCGUUUUUUUUUCUUUCUUCUGGUGCUCAACAAUUGGCAAUACUAUGUUGUCUACACUGUA